AUGGAAAAUGAGAGAAGCACAAAUUCCAUGUCGAGCAUGCCAGGACAAGACAACAACGCACAAGAAUCAAAAGUUGAAAUGAUGAAUGAUGACGAUAAUGAUUUACCAUGCCCACCCAUCAACUUCAAUCAAGAAGUCAAGUCAGGCAGACACGCUUAA